GUUCUUUUUGUUUUAUUAAUUUUAUGAUUAAACUUGACCUUUUGGUCGUGAAUCAUGUAAUUUUAUAGUUUCUAGUCUAGCCGUAGUUUUUUCUUGCAUUUCAUGUGAUACUUUUGUGUUAGUUUAGUGUGUAAAUACUGCAGUGAGGUUAGAAGCUGGUCAUUUUUUAUCACUAACUGAUUUUUUUUUUUGAGUUAAUACAGAGAAUAACAUGGAUUUUGUUAAAAGAGAAGAUCCAAAUGUCAUCGAUGAAGAAAGUUAUAAAGUUUACAUAGAUAGUUUUCAGAAAACGCAUCAGAUGGACAUGUCUGAUUACCACACACCAAUAUCUAUAGAGCAGCUGCAUCAAGCUAUGCAAUCGUCACUCAAUGCAAGCUCCAUCGUCCACAACUUUCAACUAUCACCGAGGCAAAUGUCCACACUCAUGUUAAAAUCCAAUCAUUUAAACAGAAGCUUGAACUUCACCGAUCUACCUUCCCAUUUACCGCGUAAUCUUACCUCUGAAAUGGACCUCGUGCAUAAUUUGACCAACGAUUUGCCACAAAACCAUCGUCAUGACGACCUACUCUUAAAUGGUAACCUAGUACGCAAUCUUGAAAUGAGAAGUCUGAAUGAUUUAGAAUUACAUGCCAAUUUAACUCAAACAUUGGUUCAAAACUUAAACGAACAAGAACUAGCUAGAAAUAUGAGUGUAGAGAUGGGUCGAAUAAAUGAUGUUUUACCACAAAAUAUUGGCAGAAGUGAUCCCAAUUUGCCACAUGACUUAGGACACGAAAUAGAUCUGUCACAUCACUUGAAUAGACAAAACAUUGAACAAGAUGUAAUGAUGAGUCAGGAGGGUAGAAGAACACCUUUGAUUCAAUCUGUACAAGAUGGUCAUAUACUUGAACAAAAUUUAGUACAAAGGUUGGAACAAAAUUUAACCCAAAGGUUGGAUCAAAGAUUGGACCAAAGGUUGGAUCAAACGUUGGGACACAGAAUUGAACAUAAAAUGGAGUUGAAUUUACACGAAACCAACCAACGCCACACAGAACAAGGGGAACAUUUGAUACCAAUGCCGUUUCAUAUAAAAUCUGAACAAGAAGACGAUGGUUAUUUUUACGAAAGCUUAAGCCAUGGGAUCAAUGAUAAUGCAAUAAAUGGGCAUAUAUCUCUGCAUCAAGAUCACACAGCGAACGCAGCACCGAUCUCCCAAGACCAAUUACACUAUUACAACAAUCAUAUACCCAUUUCUACUUUAAAUUCAAUAGACCAUUUAUAUUCUCGUCCUCAAAAUUAUCUACAGAAUUAUGGCACAUCUAACAUUAGUCGAGAUAAUCCACAAAAUCUAGUCGUUCACAGACAAUUUAAUAAUAGCCCUUAUCCUGAAGAAUUUAAAAAACCAAUCGAAGAUGGCGAUGUUGGCGGGAAAAUUGACAGCUCCAAAAACGAGGAACCUAAAGAAAAUCUAAAACCAACUGAUCAAAAUAAGAUGUUUUAUACAGAGUACAAUCAGAAUACCUACACGAACAAUACAGACAAGAACGAUAACGAAACGAGCACUAACAAUAAAUUAUUUGACGAAGUUUCCUUGAAUAUAAAAGGAGAAUAUGCUUGUUUCAAAUGCAACGAAGUGUUCCCGUGUAAGCGCGGUUUGAGACAACACGUGAAAACAUGCGUCGAGAUUGGAGAAAUGAAUGAUUUAGUCGAAAAACUGGGUAAAUUUUGUUGCACGCAAUGCUCUUACCGCUGUCAAUCGCCCGCCAUCUUAAAAAUACACGAGCGAACGCACACGGGCGAGAAACCGUACUCGUGUACGUUUUGUGAUUACAAAUCUGGUCAAAAGAAUAACGUAGCAAAACAUAUUCUAGUUCAUAUGAAAGAGAAACCAUUUAGAUGUCAAUACUGUGAUUAUAGAUGUGCUCAGAAGAAUAAUUUGGUUGUACAUGAGCGUACACACACUGGUUAUAAACCGUUCGCUUGCCCGUACUGCGACUAUAGAACGGUUCAGAAACCUAAUUUAGUGAAACAUAUGUACUUACAUACAGAUCAGAAACCAUUCAGUUGUGAUAUGUGCAGUUAUAGAUGUGUACAGAAAACUAACCUAACUAAACACAAGCAGAGACAUAUGAACGAUAAGGAAGGUGAUAAAGUGGAGAUCAAAGGCCAAGUGAAGCCGUACAGACCACGACAGAAGUCUGUCAAGUGUCCCCACUGUGCGUACAGAUGUGUACAAAAGUCUAGUUUAGAGAAACAUUUACAGUUCAAACAUAACGAACUUAGUAUUGAAUUUGUUCCGGAGUACAAGCAAGGUGUUAAUCUAAAGUGUGACAAUAUCUGUGAUGAUACGAUACAAAAUUUGAGUGUUAAAAAAGAUGACCCCGUGUACGUUGAGAAUGUGUGCCAGGACAAAGCAAUGGAGCCAUUGAAAGUUCAGUCAUAGUGUUAAGUGUUGUUUUCAUUUUUAAGUGGGAUAAUGUACAUAAUAGGUAAGUUUAUUUCAUAUGCAUGUGAGUCAAUGAUUUCUCAAUUUGUAUAGUUUAUAUGCCUAUAGUUAAAAAAUGUAGAAUAAGUUUAAAUAUAGGGGCAUGUCAUUUAGCUCGUAAUAGUUUCUGUGGAUUUUAACCGCAGUCAAAAUUAACAGAAACUUUCUCUGUCUUUCCAAUGAGAAUG